ACAAAUGUGAUAAAAACAGAGAAGUGAGCCAUGAGGGCAUUUGAACAGUGUUUCCAGGCUGAUUUGGGCAGGUUUAGUGUGGUAGAGACUGGGAUUUAUACCACUGCGUCUAUGAGAUGUGUUCACUAAUAAAAUGAAACUGUGUGUGUGUGUGUGUGUGGUUAGUGCUGAGGUGUGUGUUUUUUGAGAUCACGGAUGCAUUAAGGUGGCGUCUAACUCGCGACUCAAAACAACUUAAUUGUGGUCGGUGAGUCUCACCUGCCGACACUUUUUGCUGAAUUCUCGUCGUCUCCAGUCGGAGGUCUGAUUCAGAAUAGGUCCAAGCAGUGAUUUCAGAUUCUCAUCCCAGUCAUGUGGUGAUACAGUCUCUCUCACACCCACACACCCACACAGUCCCUCGCUCGCUCGCACUCAUCAUGGCCCACCCGUACGACCCCUGGUUGCGCGCGGGACCGCCGCAGGAGGAGGUGAGCGUGUCAGGCUGGUGGGACGUGCACACUGGAGCGGCAGCAGGCUGGAUGGACCUGCAGGGGGCGGGGCUGGGGGCGGGGCCAGCGCAGGGCAGCUCAAUGAGCUCCUAUACGCCCGACCCACAAAUGUGUUGCCUGCCGCCCUCCGGGCCCACCCACUCCGGCCUGCACUACCCGCCCGAAGGCUUUAAGAUGGAACCGCUGACGCAGGAUCUGCUGCCGCUCCCCCAGGCCUCCUCGUCCUACUCCACGGAGGAGCAACAGGACGCCGCGGGCGCUUCCGCUCGCCCGAAAUCGCAGCGUCGCGCCGGCAGUCGUGCUCCCGGUCAGGCCUCCUGCCGCUGUCCCAACUGCCUGAGCGCCGAGUCGCUGGGAAGCGCCGGUGACGGUGGCAAACGCAAGCACCUGCACAACUGCCACAUCCCCGGCUGCGGGAAAGCGUACGUGAAGACGUCACACCUCAAAGCGCACCUGCGCUGGCACAGCGGCGACCGGCCCUUCGUCUGCAACUGGCUGUUCUGCGGCAAACGCUUCACGCGCUCCGAUGAACUGCAGCGCCACCUGCAGACGCACACCGGCGCCAAGCGCUUCGGCUGCAGCUCGUGCCCGCGGGUCUUCCUGCGCGCCGACCACCUGGCCAAACACGUGCGCGUGCACGAGUCGCCGUGCCAACCGGCCGAAGACGCUCUCUCCGCGACGACGGCGCCGCCCGCGGCAGGAAGCGGCUCCGCUGCCACGUCACUGCUCAGAGUGAAGACGGAAUCAGAGAACUGCGACGACGACACGACGGUAGCAAACAGUUAAUCGCGCCAACGCUCAUAAGAGUCACAUGACCAAUAAAUAAGGACUUACGGAUGUGCCGUUCUUCAUUCUGAAGGCGACUGAUAUGAAAAGUCACAUUUGUAAAUGAUCUGUAGAAGACGGCAUUAGGAUUAAAUACAUAACGCUUUUAUAUCAUCAGUUUUAUUUAUAUUUGUACAUUUUAUGUUUUAUAUUCUCUGUUGAUUAACUUAAGAUGUUGUGUGUUGCCCAUGCAUUUUCGUAAUUGUGAUUUUUAGUGAGGAUAUGUAAUUAGUUUGAAUAAAGAUAAAGCAUUUUGGUCUUUUUUAUAUGUCUUGUGAUAGUGCCAUA